AGAUUCGUAGACCAAAGAAAAAUAAUUUUAACAUCCCAGUUUUAAUUCUGAUGAUGUUUAAAUUUAACUCGUUGAACAACAUAGCUUCUUAAAAUUGUACUCAAUGUCUUAAAGAAUCUUUCCAGUAAUACAUAUUUAAAAGCAUUAUUAUUUAAAAACAUAUUUAAAAGCAUUAUUAUUAUUUAAUCUUAAUAAUUAUCGAUAUAAGAAAUAUGCGUAUUUCUUUGAAAUAUUAUUUAAAUGUUUUAUAUAUUCACGAAAUAAAAGAGAGAAAAAAUUAUCUAUUUGGACUCUUUUGGCAUCUUCCUGUGCGGCAAAGUAAUCGGAUGUCAAAAAAAAAGUAAGAAAAGAAAGAUUGUGAGACGAGUUGAAAAUCGAGAGGAGGAUAUUUUCCUCCUCUCAGAGUUCUAUCCUCGGUCAAAAUCAUUGGAUAUCAUCAUGGCUAUUCUAAUCGCGCCGACAGCUGACUUAAGCGGGUCGUCGAGGCUAAUGAAUCGUUCGGGAAGAGAUCGACGACGCGGAAAAAGAAACGAUCCGCCCAUCUGGAUCGCUGAUGAUCUUAUAAGCCGAUGCGAUAUAUGCUUGUUAAGUCGUCGCGUUGCGUGCUUGUCGCGCGAUCAGUAGACCCCGCGGAAUCGUAUGCGAAAUGCGCGUGUAUUAUUUCGAUACGAUGCGACUUUUCGGCUCUUCGAGGAUCCGUAGCGAGAGAACAGUCUGUGAUUAAAUCGCAAGUGUUCGCGAAACUCUCUUUAUGGCACAUCAAAAUGUGCACGUGCACUAUUUCACGUACAGAGUGCUGAAAAAAAUUAUACAUAAAUAUAAUACAAAUUGUACUUGUGCAAAUUUUUCGCCAUUGAUUCUUUUUUUUUUUUUUUUUGUUUUAAUAAAUAUGAUUUUAUGGUGUCGACUUUUUAAUUUCCGCGUAAAAUAAAUAGAAAGUUGCAGUAAUUUGGCUUCGUGGUGGGAGCAUUAAAAUUUUCAUAACGCAAGAAAAAUGAGAGUGCAACUACGACGGAUAAGAAUCGCGUUUAGUUUGAUAGUACUGUUAUCAAUAUUUGAGUUUUGCAUGAGCAACAACGACACCUGGACCAGGAAUCGCGACAGGAAGAUACGCGUAAUCAAGAAGUUAAAGAAGGACUUCCGGAAGUUGAAGAAGCAGGAAGGAGCAUUAAAGCUGACAGGAGGCGAAAAUGGUGAUUACGAAGGAAACGUGGAAAUACUUCACGAUGGAAAGUGGGGCGGUAUAUGCGACGACGAAUGGGACGACUUGGAGGCACGUGUGGUUUGCAGGCAAUUAGGCUUCAACGGUGCAAUUAAAGCGACGACAUACGGCCACUUUGGUCAGGCCAGAAGAAGAUACUGGAUGGAUAACGUUUACUGUGACGGAUCCGAGGACGAAAUCGCGAAAUGCCGUUUCGACGGAUGGGGUGUCUCCGAUUGUGGCAGCAACGAAGCAGCCGGCGUCAUUUGCUUGCACGAUGAUAAAGCGGAAGCAUCAUCGUCAUCGAUCCCGCGGAAGGAGUUGCCAAAGGCCAGAAUAAAGGAUAUAUAUCAGCAAGGCAUGGCAUUGCGGUUAUCAGGAGGGCGCGUGCACUCCGAAGGCCGAGUGGAGAUUAAAUUAGGCAAUGAAGAUUGGAGUACCGUCUGCGGUGACGGUUGGUCCAUUCUCGAAGCUGCUGUGGUUUGCCGUCAAUUGGGCCUCGGUUAUGCUUCCGACGCGAUACAGACUAAUUUUUUCGACAAUCGAGAGCCGAUGCCGAUGUCGAUCAGCGGAAUACAAUGCAAUGGAAACGAGGAAAAUCUAGCUGAGUGCCUGCACGACAAGAUUGUAGACUGUCCAGGGACGGUGGAGAACGUGGCGGGGGGGAUAUGUCAUCGAGAAAUGGCUGAUCUCGUGUUCGAUCACAUCGAGCUGAUGCGCACCGCGCAUCUUGAGGACCGUCAGCUCUAUUGGCUGCAGUGCGCGAUGGAGGAGAAUUGCGUGGCCUCGCAGGCCUACAAAGUGCAGCAGGAAUCCGAAAAUUGGCAUUUAGAGACGAGACGAUUGUUACGCUUCACGGCAAGGAUUUUAAACGCCGGCACCGCAGACUUCCGUCCGUCUGUGCCCAAACAUCUGUGGGAAUGGCACAUGUGUCAUAUGCAUUAUCACUCGAUGGAAGUAUUUGCUACUUUCGAUAUAAUCGAUUCAAGCGGCAAUAAAGUAGCCGAAGGCCACAAAGCGUCCUUCUGCCUCGAGGACAAUCAAUGUAUGCCCGGUGUUCAACCCAGAUACAAAUGCGCCAAUUACGGGGAUCAAGGUAUUUCCGUUAAUUGCAGUGACAUUUAUAAGCAUAAUAUUGACUGCCAGUGGGUGGACAUUUCCGAACUCGAGCCAGGACAUUACACGCUCAAGGUCGCGGUGAAUCCCGAAUUCAAAGUUGGCGAGAUGUCGUUCGAUAACAAUGCGGCGAUCUGCCGCCUGCUUUAUACAGAAACUUUUGCAACUGUCCACAGUUGCAUAAUGGGACGUCCUUGACGCGCUGUGCACGAUUACGACAAUUUUUUUUGUUGCUGUGGGCUAUCUACGGGGUGAGAUUAUUACCGGCGUUGGUUGCGAAUGGACAAAAAGCGUUAUGAAUUUAAUAAAAUAAUUUUACAAUGUAUAUAGA